GUUGGGGUGGAGGUCGGUGCGGUGGGGGAGUUUGGGAGCUAGUGGGCCCAGGAUGCUGACGCGGCCCUCUCGCGAAACCCGGCGCCAAUGGGAAUUGCUGGGCUUCCCUCACCGCCCCGCGGGCGCUCAGGUUGCUUAGCAACCAGGGAGAGUGCAGGCUGGCGCUUCCCCCGGCGGCCAGGUACAGGCCUGCUCCUCGGGGGCGUGGGAGCCCGGGGGCUGCCAUGGCCCCCGGCCACCUGUCGGUGCGGGAGAUGCGGGAAGAUGAGAAACCCCUGGUGCUGGAGAUGCUGAAGGCUGGUGUGAAGGACACAGAGAACCGCGUGGCCCUUCAUGCACUGACGCGGCCGCCGGCCCUGCUUCUCCUGGCAGCAGUCAGCAGUGGCCUGCGCUUCGUCCUGGCCUCCUUCGCCCUGGCCCUCCUCCUGCCUGUGUUCCUGGCUGUGGCAGCCAUGAAGCUAGGCCUGCGGGCCCGGUGGGGCUCGCUGCCUCCCCCGGGAGGCCUGGGGGGCCCCUGGGUGGCAGUACAAGGCCCCGGGGAUGUGUGCGGGGUCCUGGCCUUGGCCCCAGGCUCCAGUGCUGGGGACGGAGCCCGAGUGUCCCGCCUCUCUGUUUCUCGCUGGCACCGCCGCAGAGGCGUGGGCAGGCGGCUGCUGGCUUUUGCUGAAUCCCAGGCACAAGCUUGGGCAGGAGGCAUGGGGGAGCCCCAUGUGAGGCUGGUGGUCCCUGUGUCUGUGGCCUCUUGGGGCAUGGCAGGGAUGCUGGAAGGCUGUGGCUACCAGGCUGUGGGGAGCUGGGGCUGCAUGGGCUGUGCACUGGUGAGGGAGUUCAGCAAGGACCUGUGACCCCAGACCCAGGGUGGGGAGGGAAACCCACGCUUAGCGAGCACCUACUGUGUGCAGGCGCCUUCACAGCCUCCCUCCGAGAACCCCUGGCCCACUUAGGGCCCAGAAACCUAGACCCGCAGAGGGCAGGAGGCCCCACUGCAGCCUGAUGCCUGUCCAUAUUGUUUGAACUUUUCAGAGAGGUCAGUCUGUCCAAACCCCUCCCUCAGAUUCUGUCUGCACUGAGAAAUCUCACUGGCCCAUCUGUGCUUCGGAUCUGGGAGAGAUGCAGGGAGAGGAGAGGAGGCCGGGCAAGCAUGCCCACCCCCAGCUUAGGUCCCCAAAAUGGGGACAAGCGCCCCCCACAGCCAUGGGGUGGUGAGGAGGGCAUGGGCACAGAGCUGCCCAGGCCAGACCAGGGAAGGUGCCCCCAGAGGUUCUGUGGCCAGACCCAUCUGAUUUUUUACUCAUGAUUGUUAAUAAAGCCUGAAACUGCUGUGUGCCAA